GACAUUCUGUUCUAAGCAUAUAUGACUUCCGUGAUUACAGUUGUACAGUGGAAGUUUUGAUAUAAGCGUAAUGGAUUUCAGUGAGGGUUAUGUAUCAAAUGAGCAUCGAGAGCUUCAUCGAUCAGCAACAGAAAGUGCAGAUCCAUUGUCUGUUUCUCCAUUGCAACUUUCUCCGAAGUCCCCAAGAUCUCCCAAAUCUCCAAGGUCUCCAAAAUCUCCGAGGUCCCCAAAGGUGCAAGGCAAGUGCAGCAAUCUAAGUCCAAAGAAUCAUAGACAAUCAUGUUCUCAAAAAGAUGGACGUCCAAAGAAAGGUGGUUCCGGGGGGAAAGGUACCUGGGGUGGAUUGCUUGAUGCAGAUGACGCGAGCUUUCUUGAUCCUAGUGAUCCAAACUAUGACAGCAGUGAGGAAUUUAACCAUUCAAAUGAAAAGAAACCGUCAACAGAUCUCGAGAACUACAAGAAAAAAGCUACGAUAAUAGUGGAGGAAUACUUCGCCACUGAUGAUGUUGUUGCAACAAUGAAUGAAAUUAAAGAAUUAGGGAAACCAGAGUAUGGUUACUAUUUUGUCAAAAAACUUGUCUCUAUGUCCAUGGACAGACAUGACAAAGAAAAGGAAAUGGCUGCUAUUCUGUUAUCUGCACUUUAUGCCGAUAUAUUUGAUCCUCCACAAGUUUACAAAGGCUUCAGCAAAUUAGUUGAAUCAGCAGAUGACUUGAUGGUAGAUAUACCAGACACAGUUGAUGUUCUAGCACUUUUUAUAGCUCGUGCCGUGGUUGAUGACAUACUUCCUCCUGCAUUUUUGAAGAAACAGAUGGCCUAUUUAACCAAAUAUUCAAAAGGGGUAGAUGUCCUGAAAAAAGCUGAGAAAAGUUAUCUAGCAGCCCCUCUGCAUGCGGAAAUCAUAGAGCGGCGCUGGGGAGGUAGUAAGAACACCACUGUUGAUGACGUUAAGGCUAAGAUAAAUAACUUUUUGAAGGAGUAUGUUGUAAGUGGUGACAAGAAAGAAGCCUUUAGAUGCAUCAAAGAUUUGAAAGUUCCUUUUUUCCAUCACGAAAUAGUGAAACGGGCUCUUAUAAUGGCAAUGGAGAGACGUCAAGCAGAAUUCCCACUACUAGACCUGUUGAAGGAAGCAGCUGAAGAAGGUUUCAUUAACUCUAGCCAAAUGUCUAAAGGGUUCGGUCGGUUGAUUGACACAGUUGAUGACUUAUCACUUGACAUACCAAAUGCACGUGGUAUACUACAGCAACUAAUGUCUAAGGCAGCAUCUGAGGGUUGGUUGUGUGUGUCAUCUUUGAAGUCACUUUCAGUGGAGCCCGAAAAGAACUCAAUAGAAGAUAGCGCUGCCAAAAGUUUCAAGGUAAACACUCAAUCCAUCAUUAAAGAGUACUUCUUAUCAGGUGAUAUAUUUGAGGUAAAUAGUUGUCUAGAACAAGAGAACAGCAACAACUGUACUGAACUCAAUGCAAUCUUUGUUAAAAGAUUGAUAACUCUGGCAAUGGAUAGGAAGAAUAGGGAGAAGGAAAUGGCUUCUGUACUGCUUUCUUCAUUGUGUUUCCCAGCUGAUGACGUUGUAAGUGGUUUUGUGAUGUUGAUAGAGUCAGCAGAUGACACAGCUUUGGAUAAUCCUGUUGUUGUUGAGGAUCUUGCAAUGUUUCUAGCUAGAGCAGUGGUUGAUGAAGUCCUAGCCCCACAGCACCUUGAAGAGAUUGGAACACAGUGUCUGGGGCCAGAUUCAAUUGGGAGCAAAGUGCUUCAAAUGGCAAAGUCGUUACUAAAGGCUAGACUUGCAGGAGAGCGAAUCUUAAGGUGUUGGGGAGGUGGGGGAAGCAGCAGGCCUGGAUGGGCAGUUGAGGAUGUCAAGGACAUGAUUGGAAAGCUGUUGGAGGAGUAUGAGUCUGGAGGUGAAAUAAGGGAAGCGUGCCGCUGCAUGAAAGAGUUAGGAAUGCCAUUUUUCCAUCAUGAGGUUGUUAAGAAAGCUUUGGUGACAAUCAUUGAAAAGAAGAAUGAGAGGUUAUGGGGUCUACUUAAGGAGUGCUUUGAAUCAGGACUAAUAACCAUGUAUCAAAUGGUGAAGGGUUUUGGAAGAGUUGAAGAAUCUCUUGAUGACUUGGCUUUGGAUGUCCCUGAUGCUAAAAAACAGUUUGAACACUAUGUUGAACGAGCAAAGGCUAAUGGAUGGUUGGAUAAUUCAUUUUGUUACACAAAACUGGAACAUGCAACAGAGAAUGGCACCCACUAAUUAUAAUGUGGGGAAAAUCAUCAGCAAUACUAGUUUUGCUUUAUCUCCUUUUUCAAAUCUACA